GCAGGAGGCAUGUGCCCGUGGCGAGAGGCUGCCUAAAUAAGAGAACGAUGCGGCUAUUUAAGCGACGUGCUCUGGACCAGAGUCCGGAGCUGGUAUCAGCCACAGCUAUCAACCAGGAUGUGUCCAGUCGAGGUAGAGAAAUGCCCAGGACGAUCGCUGAUAAGGAGCCGAAGGCGUCUCCCGUAACGGUGCUUAGGACGCCCAAGAGGAAAGAGGAGACAGCGAAACAGCAGCAACAAUCGACGCCUUCGUCAUUUUCCGCAAAAAGUCUCACAACAUGGAGCAGAAAAGUUGGCCAGAAAUGGGAGCAGCUGAAACGUGCCGACAGCUCGGAAUUGCUAUCCGUUUCCAGUAGAAGGCGUCGCUGGAGUCCGCACAGAAAAAGCUGUGGCGACACAUUGGAGGACGGCAAAAAGAUCGAGAAGAGGCCAACGCCAUCGUUGAUCCUGGUGGACACGGCGAAGCCGAAGCGCAUCAGUCGCGUGGAGUCCCUGCGCAACCUCUUCAAGUCCUCGUCCGAACGCAUUAGCAAAAAGUCGUCCUGCAUAAUCAAGGAGGAGGAAGCGGAGGUGGUCGCGGUUGAGGAGGAGGACGAGGGGGCGGCGCUGGCCCCUGCGGUAGAUCCCCAUGAGUCCCAGCGCCUUGAGAAGUCCUUGAGCGAGGGAACGCUGAAGCCGCGAGUGCGCGGCGGCGGUAUCCUCGCGGAGCUCGCUAGUAAGCGAUGGCAGAUAAGCCGGAGUAUCCAGGACCUUGAGCAUCAGAGUCGCGUGCUCGACUACUUCCUCGAGAAUCAGGUGGCCCUGAAGACGCUGGAGGGCAACGCGUUAGCGAAGCGAGCGAUCGACGAUGGGCCCGCGGUGAAGUGCGGACACCCCGAAAUGCACCGCAGACAGCGGCGACUCAGCGACGACGACGAAGACGAUUCCAACGACGACGAUUCCAACGACGAGUUCAAUACUAGCGGCUCGUCGACGAGCUCCAACCAAUCGCCGGUCGACCGGGUCAAGCGCAAUCUCUUCAACGACAGCAGCAACAGCAACGAGAGAGGAGUGGAGCCAGUGAAAUCGUGCGUUUUGAGCGGCCUCGAGGAUCUCAUGAACAAUUUGAAAUUGGCUUGCGACGAGAGCGGCUACGACUCGGACAGCACGCGGGCCGGCGCCGAUUCGCCCGAUAGCGAAAAGUCGGCCAUGGCUCCCGAGCACAAGCCACGUAGCUUCUCCAUCACAUCGGCCGAUUACCAGGGCAUAGAUCUCUCUCUAGGCUACAGCACGCCGAUGAAGGGUGAAGGGGGCCCGAACACGAUAGCACGAGGGGAGGUAUUUCACGACGACGGGGAGGAGGAUAAUGACAGUACGCUCGUAAUCGAUAGCGAGACGCUCGACGAGAGCUCGAGAGCGGCGGGUAGUAGCCGGGAACUGGUCACGACGGAGGAGGAGCCACUGGGUAUGAGCGACCUACCGAGGAGGAGGAUACCGUCGUCGACGGACUCGGGAAUAGUGUUGGCGACAUUGGGCUCGGGCAGUCAUCUUGAGUACCGCACCCCGGAAAAGAAGCGGCCGUCCGUGAGGUUCGGUAACGAGGGCUCGCGGACCGCCCCGAGGACGAAGCUCGGCAAUCUGCAGAGGAGCCUCAAGGUUCACCGAAAGCACUCGAACGCGAGCGUUCUCAAUCUGUUGGAUAAUGCCUCGUCGCCGUGCAAGGACUCGCCGCCCGCGGCGAAGGUCGUCUUGGCAAUGAGCCAGCUGCAGUAUUACAAUCCGAAGAGGUCGCGCUCGGACGUGGAGGCCGAGACGCCCGUGGAGGCCAAGAGCAAUAAGGCGAGAAGGACGGUGUUCGAUACGGAGUCGUCCCGGACGAUGCGGAAGACGACGUCGCUGCUCUCGGCAAAGCCGCCCCUCGUUCGGCGCGAGCUCAAGACGAUGAGGGUGCGAAUCGAUAAGCCCGGCAAUCUCGGGAUCUCCGUGGAGCGAUGCGACGCGGUGAGGCCUUAUUACGUAAUAUCGUCGAUGGACCAACAGGGCGAGGCUCUCAAGUCUAAGCUGUUCCGGAUGGGUGACGAGAUCGUGCGGGUCUCGGGUAGGAGGCUGCGUGGCAUGUCACUCGCCGAGGCGAGAAAAGCCCUGAAGAGCUGCGCCGGCGCCGUGGAGCUGCAAAUAGCUCGCGAGCCGACGUUCUUCUUUGACGGAGAGUUGAGCGACACCUGGGGCAACGAGCAGGAGAAGAUAACUCGCUCGAAGAGCGACUCCGAGGUCUGGGGACCUCGGCCUAGCAACCUCGGCCCUUCCCCGUUGGAGAACAAGUUCGAUAUGUCGAGCGAGAGGAGCUUCGCCACGUACGUGAUGCCGAAGAGCGCGCCGGCGACCGAUAAUGACGUAACGCCGAGCCGAAGGAAGGAGAAGGAAACGACGGAAGCGACAAUGUCAACCAAGCUAACGAUAGAUGGCAAUCAGGAUAAGGAGGCUGCCAAAGAGGAACAGCAGGACCAUUCCAAGUCCUGUCAAAUUAUAGGGGCCGUUACCAAGGACGGGCGUACCGUAUCCAUCCAGGAUAUGGAGUUUUCGGAUAACGAGGAGCACAAGGUCACUGGGAUGAAAAAGUUCCAGAUUCGCAAGCGCAGCGCAACGACGGCGUCGGGGGGCUCCCGUCGAGCCACCAGUCUAUCGAUGGACCUACUGACCGUGACCUUGGAGAAAGGUGGCUCGAAGCGGCUGGGCUUCACGAUCGUCGGCGGCUCUGACAGCAACAAGGGCAAGAUGGGCAUCUUCAUCAAAGACAUCCUGCCGAACGGCCAGGCCGCCGAGCAGGCGGUCCUUAAGGUCGAGGACGAAGUGCUCGCGAUAAACGGCGUGCCACUCGAGGGGAUGACCCACGCGCGGGCGCUCCAGGUGUUCAAGACUGCUAAAAAGGGCAAGCUCGUCCUCCACGUUGGUAGGCGCGAUCCGUCUCACCGGAGGCCCCUGAGUCUUCGGCAGCGCUCGGAAACUUAAGCUUAACUUUUCAAGCUCUUCAAGCUCUAUAACUUUUCUUCGAUCUUUACUUUCGACACGCUACUACAAGGGGGGCGGCCCCAUAGCUUCGACGCGCUAAUCUCGUAAUGAUCUCGUUCGGUUUAUUUCCUAUGAUGAUGUAAUGUUUAUGAAUGAAUGCGGUUUCGUCGUCGUGCCUCGAUAAAGUUGCGCAGAACGGCGAAGUUUAUUUAUAUUUUCGCUUCUAUGUCAUUCUCUAUAGCUUCGAAAAGUCUGUGUAUCUCA